AUGCACACGCUCUUGUUCACGAGUCUUACGCUGGAACUUCGUGCUGCCUUCGCCAACGCUGACGGAAAUGGUCUUAUCGGCUGGGGUAAGACAAUGUACAACCCCGCCUGCGCCUUCGCUUGUCGGACAGUAAUUAAAUCCAACCCGCUUCUGUGUACGCCUGAAGACGGUACCGUAAACUACGGGACCGUGCAUUCACCAAUCUACACAGCACCGGAAUGUUUCACGCGCGAUCCAGCCUUUUUGCGAACAAUGGCUGUGUGUAUAGACACCUACUGUUCUGUGAGCGACCAUCCAAGUACGGGGCUGAUUGAGGAAUACUGGGCAUCUCAUUUGGCGACAACGACGGUUGGGAGUUACAAGUGGAAGCCGGCGGUGUCGUAUGCGGACGCAUUGACGGCGGGGCGCGAGGAUGAAAGGGUUGCUGCUGCGAAUGAGACAGUGCCUGAGCAUCAUGAGAAAAUAGGGGAUCUCAGGCGCCGGCACAGUCAUGGAGCGUCAGCUCCACAAGAAGAGACGUUCUUUACCUUCAAUGUUUCCAGUCCGCUUCCCCUUGCGAAGAAAAAAGCGCCCAUGAAUGUCACGAGUUUUGUCGACCCUGUGUCAUGGCAGAAGGCGUACAACGGUAUGCGAGAUUUUGAGACCAACGAAAAGGGACACUCGACUUACAGCAUCACCGUAAUGCUCGUAGCCCUACUCCUUCCCAUCCCCCUCUCCCUCCUCCGCUUCGUCCCAGGCCUCCCUACAAGCACCGGCUGGUCCUACCUCCAAGCCACCCUCAUCUACCCGGCGACAUGGGGCCGUCAUCAUCGCGAGCCCGUAGGCGCCGCCAUUGGGGGCGGUAUGGUGCCGACCCGCGGGCAGGCCCUCUACAUCGCUUUCAUCAGCAUGCUCAACGUGAUAUUCCUCCUCACACCAUACGUCCACACGCAUCCCCAGACGACCUUCGCCUCGCUUAAAGAGCAAGACAUCAGCAUCAUUGGCAACCGUGCCGGCGUCAUGGCCAUGGGGAAUGCAGUCGCGAUGUUCGUUUUCGCCGGGAGGAAUAAUCCGUUUUUGUGGGUCACGGACUGGAGUUAUAGCACAUACUUGCUCCUACAUCGAUGGCUGGGUUACUGGACAAUUUUACAUACGGUGCUGCAUUCGGUUAUGUUGCUGGCUUACUACAAGCUCCAGGGAUCUUACGAGGACGAGCUUGCCCGUACGUACUGGGUGUGGGGUAUCGUAGCCACGGUCGCUGUCGUUGUCAUGUUCCCGGCGUCGCUGCUAGUCGUGCGGCAGAAGGUGUACGAGGUAUUCUUGGUGUUGCAUGUGGUGCUGACGGUGGUUUUCGUCGUUGGAUACUACUACCACAUUUGGUACUGCUACCAGUAUAACUGGGGAUACGAGAUUUUCGCGUAUAUCGUGGGAGGGAUUUGGGGCGCUGAACGAGUUGUGCGACUUGUACGCAUGGCGCUGAAGGGAUCGCGUACAGCGACGGUGUCGGAGGUUCCGGGGUCGAACGGGGAGGUCCUGAAAAUCCACAUCGAAGGCGUGCGUCCAAGUGGCGUUGCGUAUUUGUGCUUUCCAACGCUGGGAUGGCGGUUCUGGGAAACGCACCCUUUCUCCGUCGCAACGUCCGAGAGCAAAAGGAGUGCUGCCAUGGACGAGGAAAUGCAGGCAUCCGCUUCUGCGGUAAAUGGCAGCGAGAAGGCCGUUGCUACUACGGAACGCUCGCUCAGAGACGGUUCAAAUCAUACCAGGGACUCGUCAGCCUGGCCGCGCAACGGCGCUACCUUCAUCGUGCGCGUCCGCACAGGUAUCACAGCAAAGCUUGCCGCCCGACUAUCGGCAUCAGACUCGCAUCGAAUUCAGCUCCGCGUCCUCGUAGAAGGAUCCUAUCACUCCAACGCAGCAGCACAGCUCGCACAGUGCACUCACCUGCUCUGCAUCGCCGGGGGCGUCGGCAUCACCGCCGUCCUGCCUUACCUACACGAAAUCUCCGCCCCGCGGCACGCGAAACUCUUCUGGGGUGUUAGACAGCGAGGUAUCUUAGACACACUUGGGUCUGAGCUAGAUGCUCUCCCAUCGGCGGUGCAGGUGCGGACUGUGGUUGGAGAGCGCAUGGAUAUCAGGGAGAUUCUCCAACAGGAGACGGCUGUGACAGGUGCUAAGCGGGACGGCGGGAAAGAGCUGCUGGGGAUAGUGGUUUGUGGACCGGCGGGUAUGGCUGAUGAAGUGAGGCAGACUGUGUCGAAACUUGGGAGGGGUGCGGAAACUAUGCGGCCGUUUGUCUUGGUUGACGAGGCGUUUACUUGGUAG